AUGAACAAGUUGGCAACAGUUCUGUUAUGUGCCAACGUGAUCACAGUGCUGUUCCCUCAGCCAGGAUACAUCCAUCCAGACGAGUUCUUCCAGUCAGCCGAAAUUGUUGCAGGUGAUAUCUUCAACAUUCAACAUUUUCGCACUUGGGAAUUCAACGGAACAUCUGCAGUGCGAAAUAUUGUUUUCCCAUACCUAGUUCUGGCCCCGCCACUGUACAUGUUGCGAUCGCUCAACUCGUCAGGCAUUCCUGAACUACAGGUGUCAGCUGUCAAAGUUGUCAUGGCAACAAGACUGCCAGUGGCAUUGCUGAGCUUCCUGGGUUACUUAGCAACAGGCAGACUGGCUGACUGUUUCUGUGCUGACAGAUACAUCUGUAGCAUCCUGUACUGCAGCUCCUAUGUUAACCUGGACCUUAUUACACCAGAACCUUCUCUAACUCAGUGGAGUCGGUGUUGCUGGCUGCAGUACUGCUACUAG